UCGCCCUCUCACUCUCUCUCGUCUCUCGGUUUACUCUCUUCCCAAUCUUCCGUUCGCUGCCUGCAGAGUACAACCGUACAGGCGACCGCGAACCCGAGGCCGCCGCCGACUGCAGUGAACCGGCGACUGUUUGCUCCACUGACCGCCGCCGCCGUCCACCGUGAACCAGCGACAGGAACUCCGCAGACCGCCGCCCUCUGCCAAUCUGCCAUUUAUUUUGAGAAAGAACCUGGUUAAACCCAAAUCUUGAAUGCCCGAAAAUAAAAGCAUCAGUUUUAACAGCAGAGGGCUUAGGGUUUUGUUGGUGCUCAAUUGAUCUGGCCGAUUGGAGAAACUCCAAAAAUGGGGAAGAAACGGCUGGAACUGUUCCUGCACAAUAGCAUGACUAAGCAGAAGGAAGUUUUCAAGCCGAAGGAGGAUGGUAAGGUGGGAAUGUAUAUCUGUGGCGUCACCAGCUACGAUUUCAGCCACAUUGGCCACGCUCGAGCCUAUGUAGCUUUCGAUAUUCUCUACAGAUAUCUAAGAUACUUGGGAUAUGAAGUGGUUUAUGUGCGUAAUUUUACGGAUGUGGAUGACAAGAUAAUUAAAAGAGCAAAUGAACUUGGGGAGGAUCCAGUAGCAUUGAGUGGUCGGUUUUGCCAAGAGUUUCUUAAUGAUAUGAUUGAUCUCCAGUGCCUCAUGCCCACCAAUCAGCCGCGCGUUACAGAGCAUAUGGAUCAAAUAAAGGAAAUGAUAGCACAAAUAAUGAGCAAUGGUUGUGCCUACACAGUUGAUGGGGAUGUAUAUUUCUCUGUUGAUAAAUUUCCAGAGUAUGGUAAGUUAUCUGGACGGAAACUAGAAGAUAACCGAGCUGGUGAGCGAGUUGCUGUUGAUUCAAGAAAGAGAAAUCCGGCUGACUUUGCCUUGUGGAAGGCUGCAAAGCCUGGCGAGCCAAGUUGGGAAAGCCCCUGGGGUCUUGGAAGGCCAGGAUGGCAUAUAGAGUGCAGUGCUAUGAGUGCUCAUUAUUUGACUCACUCAUUUGAUAUUCACGGUGGUGGUAUGGAUUUGAUUUUUCCUCAUCAUGAAAAUGAGAUUGCCCAAAGCUGUGCUGCUUGCUCUGAGAGUAAAGUGAACUAUUGGGUACACAAUGGAUUUGUCACUGCAAACGAUGAGAAAAUGUCAAAAUCACUUGGAAACUUCUUCACCAUUCGUGAGGUUACCAAGCUCUACCAUCCCCUUGCAUUGAGAUAUUUCUUGUUGGGGACACACUACCGUUCUCCGGUCAAUUAUUCGAUAUCACAGAUAGAAAUUGCAUCAGAAUCUCUGUACUAUAUAUAUCAGACAUUACAAGAUUGUAAAGAAGCCGUUUCAAAGUUACAAGAUGGUAUUGAAAUGAAAGGAGGCCGUGUAAGCGCUGCUGCCCAGGAAUGCAUCAAGAAGCUGCAUAAUGAGUUUGAGUCGAAACUUUCUGAUGAUUUACACACUCCAACGAUAUUAAAUGGUGCCCUUCAAGAAGCGUUGAGAUUCAUGAAUAGCUCUUUGAACACAGUGAAGAAACAGAAAAAGCAACAACUAGUAUCUGGUAUCAUCUCCAUUACUGAGUUGGAGAAAGAAAUGAAGGCAGUGUUGGAUGUUCUUGGAUUGCUACCCGAUUUAACUUAUUCUGAGGUUUUGCUGCAAUUGAAAGAGAAAGCAUUGAUAAGAGCGGAGUUGACCGAAGAAGAUAUUUUGAAGUCAAUUGCCGAAAGAGCAAAAGCAAGGGAAGAAAAGGAUUACGCUAAAAGCGAUCAGGUUAGGAGUGAUUUGGCUCUUAAGGGGAUUGCUUUAAUGGAUGUUGGGAAUGAAACAAUUUGGAGGCCCUGUGUACCAACCCAACAAGAAAGCAACGACCAAGCUCAACAAAAACUUCCUGCUGCUGCACCACCGCAAAAACAAGAGUCUGCUACACCACCUCAGCAAGAAAAACCCGCUGUGCCACAUCAGCAAACUGUCACCACCAGUGUGCCACCUCAGAAAGAUUAGGCUACCGACAAUUGUGCCACGUCAGCUGAGAUGAGAAAACUGUCACCACCAGUGUGCCACCUCAACAAGAUUAGGUUACCAGCAGCUGACAAAAUAGCAAGCAAUUUCUGGACGUCAUUUUUUUUUUGUUGGGUAUGGUUUUGAUGCUCCCGACUUUCUGAACAAAUGGUUUCAUAGAAUAUAUGAUCACAUAAGCUAUAUAUUGUACCAUUUGAUCCUCAGUUGUACUAAAAAAAUUGUACCAUUUUUAUAUGAGCUGUUGCCUCUUUGUUGAGGCAGUAAACUAUCACUAAAGAACACAUAAUUUAACAUUUUUAUUGUUUCCAGUUGUCUGUGCA